ACUUUGAUUUUUAGAAUAUUUAAUAGGCUAGCUAACUAUGAUGGAAAGUUCUUAUGCUUUUCAAAUCUUCGCUAAGUGUAUGCUUACAAUUCAAGAAGAUAAAAUAAAUUUAUUUAGUGUAAUUGGUUGUGAUUUCUGCUUUUUUAUGAGACCAUAGUUCAAAUCUAGAUGUUGAUACUUUUUCAUAGGAAGUAGAUAAAUAAUUGCGAUGAAAAAAUACUCUUCCUACUUUCACUUUCGUUUCACGAACUUGGAAAUGAAAAAUCUUAAAACAUUGAAUAUAUCUUAUAGAAAGAGCUUCUUCAACCAGGUAAGAAGGGCAUUUUACCUGAAAUUAUUAUAUCUUAUAGAAGUGAUUAAUUGUGAAAUCGGAACUCAAGUAACAUUGAUUCAAACAUUAAAUAUUAAAUUGUAUGUGUGGUACAGUUUAGAUAAAAUACAUAUGUGUAGCCAAAACAUGGGUCUUCGUGUGCACUGUGACGGCUCCUUUGUUUCGGAGUCUCAGUUGGCGGCUUGUGGGAUUACCAUUGUUGAUGCCCACGGUCAGGUGAUUGAUGGCAAGACUGAGAGGUUCUAUUGUUCCUACCCGAUUCAGGCAGAAGCAUUUGCUAUUCUGGGUGCUGUGGUGUUGGCGGCCCAAGAGUCCUGUCCGACGUGUAUCAAAAGCGACUGCCAACGUUUGAUUGUGGCUCUUAUUCAAGCCCCUGCGAUUGGCCUUGGCAAUGUCCUGCGACCCUGGCCCGGAUUGUGUCUCUUCUUCAGGGGGCUCCUUGGAUCAAGUUGUCCUUCGUUCCUCGACGAUUUAAUUCUCUUGCGGAUUGGGUCGCUAGGAAUGCCCGACUUGAUCUCUUACCACAGGAUUGGAUUGUCAUUGCAAAUUUGAUUUCGCCCUUGUUGUAACCUUUUGGUUCUGCUAGUCUGGUUUGGUAUAAUAGAAGAUGUUCCAUUGUCAAAAAAGAAAAAAAAGUGACAUAUAGUAACUUUUUGUGACAAAUAUACACAUAAUAUAAAGAUAAAUUUGGCACUAUGACGAAAAAAGAGGUUCGUAGAAUCACUCUCAUGCCACGAAAUUUAAAAGAAGACUCUCAUUUUCCAAUUUUAUUAUUAUAUUAUAUAUAGAUUUGUCACAAAAAAUGGCUAUACUCGUUACAACUUACAAAGGUCCAUAUUUUGGUUACACUUCUGUAUUUUGUCUAAACUAAACUACACAUACAAUUUAAUAUUAAUGUUUGAAUAAAUACUACUUGAGUUC